GAGCGAGGGAUCUGGAUUCAUUAGUCCCUUUCAGCCCUUCUUCCGUCGCCGGAAGGAAGGAGAAAAAGGAGAGAGGGUUGGAAACGAUGGAGUUUAGGCCGAGCUUCUUAUCUUGUUCGCAGGCGCAGGAUAUUGGUUCUGGGAAAGGGGACGAAGAUACUGCGGCUUUAUCUCAGAUCGACCCUUUCCUCCUGGAGGCUCUUGAAAACCCUCGUCAUCGUCUCACCGUUUUGCGAAUGGAGCUCGAAAUUAAGCAGUUCAUGCAGAACAAAGAUCAACACCAAUUUGAAUUCCAGCCCUUCCCCACCUCAUACCUCCGGUGUGCUGCGCACCGUGUCGCUCAGCACUACGGCCUACAAACAAUGUCAGUUGACAAUAUUACAGAUGGUUUUGGGAGCAGAAUAGUUGUCAGAAAAACUCCCGAGAGCGGAUAUCCGCAUAUUUUUUUGUCGGAUAUACCCUUAAAACAGCAUGAAAAUGAAAAACCCGAACAAAUUAAAAUCUUUGUCCGACGCAGACCGAGCGAAGCUUCUCUACACGAUGCAUCAGAAUCGGGUAACACAAACUCGAUGAAGACAGUUGAAGAGCGAAUGGAGGAAUACGAUAAAGCUCGAGCCCGUAUUUUCAGCUGCUCUCCUGAUCCUGCUACUAUAGGAAAUGGCCCUUAUGUUGGAGGAGAUGAGAAGGAAAGCAAGGAUGCUGCUUCGAGAAUUGCAAUCUUCAGGGAUCGAGAAAAAGAUCGAAGUGAUCCUGAUUAUGAUCGGAGUUAUGAUAGGUAUGUCUCGGGUUUUGCGCCUUGCCAUAAUAUUUCCGGGGGAGCUUCGAAUGUUCGGCAGCCGUCGCCGGUGAUGUAUGAUGGAGGCUUUUCUCAGCUGGCUUUUAGGCCUCAAGUUCCUCCCACUCUCAGUAGUUUUGGUGCCUUUUAUAUGCAGUGGCCUACACCUGCUAUGAUGUAUUCGCAGUCAUAUGAACACCUCAGGAAUGCAGUAUUUCAGGCUCCACUUUACCAGCAACCAUUGAGCAUUGAUCAUUUGCAGAACAGCUAGAAGUUGCAGGAAUGUCUCAACAGAUCUGUUCUUCUUAGUUUUCACAUCUCUACCCAAAAAAAAGCAUUGUAAGCAGGUACUUCUGAAAGACAUGUAAAUUACUAGUUUCUACCACUGAUAACUGUUUGUUUGAUAGAUUGUAUGUCAGCAUAUAUUCAUCCUUGAUUAUUUAUUU